ACAAGCUAACCGGAAAUUCAAAUCUGGAGUAUGAUUUAAACAUAAACAUUUAACUAUAAGAAAGAUUUAACUAAACGAGUUGCAGUAAAAUUAGAGUAGUAAAAGGAAAGAAGUAAAAGGAAAUAUGUGAAAAAGGAAUUGAAACACUGAAAAAAAUGUUGGUACAGGUUAUAAUAGUAGUAUUUCAACUUUUUGAAAUAGGUGACUGUACUCUUGAUGAAUGUGUUACAUAUCUAAAGCGAGAAAAUCUUACUCAGCCAGAUAUUGUCAAAAGAAAUGCAGAAGCAUGUUGUCCUUAUUUACGAGGGGGAUUUUCUCUGUUAAACCUAACUUCACUUGGAAGUGAGUACCGUAGGUUCAAUAAAAAGAGUAUUGAUCAGCUUUAUACCUCUACGCUGAUACCAAAAAUCUUACAUACUAACUCGUGUGUUAUACUAAGGGAAAUUGAAUUCCGAACCUUUUUUUGUCAUUCAACAGCAAAUGUGAGCGACAUGGAUUUCACUACUCAAGAAGGAUUAAGUUUCAGAGAUUUUCAUAAAAAUUGGAAAAAUGUACAUUCCUACCAGUUGUCCUGUGGCAUUUUAGUAGUAUUCUCACCUGUUAAAUUAUGUCAGCAUCAUUCAUUUUUCAAGUGUUCUGUGAAAUACAAUGAAACCUAUUUACAUGUAAAGACUGCAGCAAUUAAAUAUGCAAUGGAACCUUUUAAUCUUUCAAUAUCAAGAUCAAAUGAUGAUGGCAAAACAAUAAACGUAACUUGUGCAUAUGCAAAUUUUAGAAAACCUAUCUUCCUUAACAUAACAUUUUCACAUAAUGAUUACAGAUUGAUAAAUGAUAGUAGAACUUUCCUAAUAAAUCCAAUCAUACCUUUGUAUAACAGUGGUAGAGAUCGAUUUAGUUUGCAAAGAACAUUAUCUAUUUUGAAUCCACAAAUUUUUAACGACACUUUAAGUUGCAUCUUGUCUGAUGAUAAAUGUGGGAUAGUGUCACGUCAGAAUUUUUCCUAUUUACAAGUUAAGACUAAGAAGGCUGGUUCAACACCUUCAUUUUUAUCAGAUGGUUUAUGGGUAGUUUUAAUUGCAUUUUUGUUGUUGUUGCUUUUAUUCCUUAAAAUAAAGUCAAAAUGGUACGAUGGUAUGUGUAAAGGCUCUUUAAAAAAAGUGCAAGGGAAAAUUCCGGAGAAUUCAAUUGCAAUUGUCAAUGAUAAAAACUAUGAAAAAGAAAUGUAUCAUAUAUCUUCAAUAACGAAUGUUGAACAAAACAUGACAUGUUUUGAGCAGAACAUAACAAAUCCAGAGCAGAAAAACAACGAUGUCUUUAUAUCAUACAGUUCCCAGAAUCGUGAAUGGGUAAAAAAUACUCUUUUAUUUGAACUGGAAAAACGAAAUAUUAGUGUUUGCAUAGAUUUUAGAGAUUUUGUUGUUGGGGAAUACAUAUCAAAAAAUAUCUUAGAUGGUAUGUAUAACAGUCGAAAAACUAUUGUUGUUAUUUCUUCGGAUUAUUUAAAGAGCAAUUAUUGCAAAGAAGAACUUCAAACAGCUUCACAAGGUCAUUCUGUUAUUUUCAUAAUGAUAGAAAAGUGCAAACUACCUCGUUAUUUAAAGCAACAACUCUCAAAAAAUCAAGUUUUUGAAUGGGACGAUAAUGAGAGGUUCUGGAAGAACCUUAUUCUUGCUAUUCGCUCAUAACAAAUAUCUGUAAAUAUAUAUAUAUACAAAUGUCUAUGUAUACAUUUUUUAUUUUUACUAGUUUUUUGA